AAUGUUCCAGAAAGCCAUCCACAAAGUACAGCCUGGGCGUUCAAGGGAUGUCACUCAUUUCCUCUAGUGAUUUUGACAAAUAAGAAGCUUGAAAGCAGGGAAAUCCUCAACAUAUUUCCAGAACUCUCCAUCCAGCCUGGUGCUUGAGCCUCUGUCUCCCUUACUGCUGGUGGCCAGCUACAGGGCUUCUGAGGGGGUCUGCACAAUGAUCAAGCACUUUAGCCUGGUGUUGCUUCUCACCUCUACUUGGACAACUAGGCUCCCAGUCCAAGGUGCCAUCAGAGUGCAAGAACUUUCCAUCUCCACAUGUAGAUACAUGGGGGUCGCCCUCGUGGGCAGGAAGGCAAACCAACAGAUGAAUUUCACAGAAGCCGAGGAGGCCUGCAAGGUGCUGGGGCUGACUCUGGCCAGCAAGGACCAGGUGGAAGCAGCGCAGAAGUCUGGCUUUGAGACUUGCAGCUACGGGUGGGUUGGAGAACGGAUCUCUGUCAUCCCUCGGAUUUUCUCAAACCCCAAGUGCGGGAAGAAUGGGAAAGGUGUCUUGAUUUGGAACGCUUCACUCAAAUUAAAGUUCAAAGCCUAUUGUCACAACUCAUCUGACACCUGGGCUAACUCGUGCAUACCAGAAAUCAUCACCACAUUCGACCCCAUGGUCGACACUCAGACACCCGAAAUGGAGUUCUCUGUCACCAACAGCGCCUACUCGGCUUCAUCCCCAGACUCUACAACUAAUGCCCCUGCUACAACCCGGGCUCCACCAUCCACCUCCAUGGCACGGAAGACAAAAAAGAUCUGUUUUACAGAAGUUUAUACGGAACCUAACACCGUAGCUGCAGAAACAGAACCAAUUGUUGAAAGUGGAGUAGCAUUCAAGAGUGAAGCGGCUGGGUUUGGAGGUGUCCCCACAACCCUGCUGGUGCUCGCCCUCCUGUUCUUUGCAGCCGCCGCUGUUCUAGCUGUUUGCUAUGUGAAAAGGUAUGUGAAGGCCUUCCCUUUCACAAGCAAGAAUCAAAAAAAGGAAAUGAUCGAAACCAAGGUAGUGAAGGAAGAGAAAUCUGAUGACAUCAACUCUAAUGAAGAAUCAAAGAAAACUGAUAAAAACCCAGAGGAGCCCAAGAGUCCACCCAAAACCACUGUGCGAUGCUUAGAAGCUGAAGUUUAGAUGAGAGAGAGCUGAGAGGCUCUACCUGAUGCAAGUUUCAUGCCAGGCAACCAAAGAAGCAAACCACUGUUGGUUCCUAAUUAGCCGAAGGCUACAGAGUCUUCCGUAUUGCAAUCCUCUCCGGACUCUACCCUCCUACCUCCAACCUGACCACAACCUCCCUAGACCGUCUGUCUUACAGCAGCCCAGCCAGAGAGUGAAGGGAACUUUCAAAGCACCUAAACAGUUCCUCAGCUUACAUUCAUAAACAGGCCUCGGGGCUGCCUGACACUGCCAAGGGCCAGAGUCCUGAGACAGAGCCAGCCACACAGUCUAAAGUCUUCUUUAGAAACAUGCCACCUGGCCAGAUCCUUUGGAACCAGGCACAAGUAAAAUAAGGAAAGGAAAGCUACAGGAGGUCAUGGAGAGCCAGGUGACUUAAGACCUAAUUAAUCUCUAGGAAGCCAAAAUAAACAGAGCACUAUAAAGGGGGGAGGGAGGAGGCUGGUACUGAUAGCAACCUUGUCCGCCUCUGUAAAUACAGGCUGGGCCAGGAAACUACUCCAAAAACAGACCAGAGUUACUUUUUAGAACAUAGAAACACUUUCUCACUUUCUUUUCUCUCUACUGCUGCUGGUGUUCCCUAUAGUUAGAUAUACUUUUGUAAGAAACCAAAAACAGAGGGGCCUGGGGGGUGUCUCUGUGGUAGAACAUUUGCCUGGCAUGCACAAAGCUCCCAGUCCAAACCCCAGAGUCUACCCACCCCAUAUACACACAACACAACAAACAAAAACACACAUUUCCAUUUUUACCUGUUACAGACCCAUUCUGAGAAACCAAAUAUGUGUAAAGGUAAUAAAGUAAAAGAAAAAUGCCAGAUAAUCUGCUACAGACUGAGAAUCCUUUACCUGAAAUGCUUGCGACCAACAGCAUUAAGAAUCAUUUUCAGAUUAUGUUUGAAGUCUGAAAUACUUGCAUCUACAUAAUGAUAUAUUAGAGGGACUCAGUCUAAAUAUGAAAUUUACUUAUGUUUCAUGUAUACCUGUAGACACAAUAUUUUAAAAAUAACUUUUCCCAUGAGAUAAACUUUCACUGUGUGGCAUUUUCCCCUGGGGGUGUCAUGUUGACUCUCAAGAUUUGGUAAAAGACUGAUUUUCAGAUUUUUGAGCAAAGUUGUCUGGUGCUAGGUAAGGUAUGACAUUCUGUAAUUGAAUAUUGUUCUUCAAAUAGUUGUGAAUAGUGGAUUGUUGUCUGAAGCUAAUAUUUUUCCAGUUUUGAUAUCCCUAGCUUAUCUUCUUCCAAACUAAUUGUUGCUGAAGCUAAUCCAUUCGUUUUCUCUAAUACAGCAACUACUACAACCUUAAUUUAUUAUUAACGUAUUUGAAAGUGUAUUCUUACCUCUACAUACAAACACAUAUCUUUUCGUGCCUUUAACAAACGUAUUACCAGCUCUCGCUUUCCCAGAAAGGAGAACUUGAGAGGUGAAGAAAUGUUGUGGCCCAAACAAAUAAAGCAUUUAGAAAACUC